CAAAUCAUCUUUUUCUUGUUUUUCCACCCCGCUAAACUAGUACAUUACAUACCAAUUCUUUCUACUAUGCUGGCAGAUGCGUUAUCUAUUAACGACCUUGCCAACGGCCAUGUUCUCAAGCGGGUACUGCCGAUGAUAUGUGACAAGAUACUCGACUCCAGCUUCUGUAUCGAGGAGUACCGCGAGAUGGUUGGGCUUGCGGCCGUCUCACACCGGUGGCACGAGCUGCUGCAGCCAUACUUUUACCGUACAGUUAUCGCUCAGCGCAUUGAAGUCAAGAACAAAUCCAAGCCUUGGGCCAAGUCCCUCCUCAAAAGGAAAAAACGAAAGGCCGGUCCACGGUUCAGAUGGCAGUCGAAUGUGGAGAAUGUUAUUGCAGCCGGAAAGUCGCACCGGACACGGGAGAUACGGAUUGUCCAGAGAACCUCUGGCACCAUGGUCACACUUGAGGAUGUGCUGCGUGGUCUUGGCUUUGAUGCUGGGGACUGGUCAGGCGUCACUACCAUCCGUUUCAUUGGUGCAUUCACACAGUAUGAGCCAUUUUCUGACAAGGAUACCCAGUCAGCGUGUGGGUAUUUCCUCAAAACGUUCCCAAACGUAACUGAGCUUGAUUGCACGCAGGCACAUUGUGCCAAGGAUCCUGCAGAUUCUUUCCUUGCUAGCCUCACUAGAUGGUACAUUCCUCAGCUGCACACCAUUUACAUUGACAGCUUUCUUCCCAGCUCCCCCCUUGACCACUACCCAGAGCAUGUCACCCGGGUGCUGAUCAAGCGCUCGCUCUAUCCUUAUAACAUGAACGUGCAUCAGUUCUUGGCAUCCGCGCUGAAGUACCUGUAUAUUGACCACAUCCAGGACCACUUCAACUGGGAGCGCUUCCUGGGAGCAGACGAGGAGAGCACAGAGUUCACGAAUCUGGAAGAGCUGGUCCUCAAAUUCUCUUACUGGGACCAGCCACCGAUAAUAUCGAGUCCCCUCAUCAGGAAGAUGAGGUUUCCUAGCCUCAAGCGCCUUACAAUCUCGCGCUCGUUCUAUGCCAUCUCAGAGCUGUACCCCCAUUUUAUUGCAUCGCCGCUGCAGUCGCUCUGCAUCCGCGAAGAGAUGGACAAGCUCCGGCCCUUUGACACCGCAAUUAUUCGUUCGGUGACUGAGCUCGAUGUCACAGUCGUGAAGAACACUGCGCGGGUGCCAGACGGAUGGGGAACUGUGUUCGCCGAUCUACUUGGCACGGUGUCGACUGUUAAGAAAGCCAGGCUGACUGGGACACCAUUUAUUUUCCCUGAACAUAUUCACUGGCUAUAUCUCGAACAGCUCACAAUCAUCCCAGAGACCAUCGCAUGGUCUAGCGUCGUCAAAGUCAUCAGUGAGCUUCCCCUGCUUCUCUAUCUAGAGGUCAGGUGCAUAGAUAUGGAAGAUAGUGUCCCUGAUCUGUUCAGUCUCACCCAGAGCCGAUUGGUUCGACUAGAUACCCGACUACAGAUGGUUUCGCUUGGGAUGAAUGGGGUAUGGAGUACAGCUGACAGACAUAAUCUGAAGGUGCUGGCUAUGUGUGUCCCGUCGCUGAUAAAGCUCUGUGUUUCUGCCAGGUAUGUAAAUGAAUUCGAGACGUUUGCAAGCCAGUUCGGACAGUCAUUCUCAGUAGCACCAAUCACGUAAUGCCAGUAAUAUAUCGCUUCAGCACUA